AUGACGAGCACAAGCGGAGCACAGGGCGUCAAGCCUACUAUCCUCACCUUCCAUGGCUCGGGUAGUAAUGCCAUGGUGCAUCAGGUGCAGCUGGCGAGAUUGACGCGAGUUCUGGGCCCAGACUUUAACCUUGAGAGUCUUGAAGCACCCUUCCCCUCGCAAGCCGGCCCAGGCGUCCUCCCCUUCUUCGACGGCUGCGGCCCCUUCAAACGCUGGAUCAAAGUCACCGCCACCGUCACAGAAAUGAAGAACGGGUCGUCCACCAACGCGCUGCCCACCGAAGUCGAAGACCUCGUUCGCACCGCCGUCAAGCGCAUCCAGGCGUCAGGCGGCAGAGUCGCUGGCCUAAUUGGCUUUUCCCAGGGCACCCGCGUCGUGGCCGGGCUCCUCAAGUGCGCUGAAAUCAUCAAGGUUCUCAAGCAAAAAGACGAAGCCGCACUCGCAGGCAAAGACCUCGACUGGUGCAACUGGGGCUUUGCCAUUAGCGUCUGUGGAAGCUAUCCGCCGCCACUACUCGCUCCAUCCGUCACAGCAGUGCUGGCAGCUUCCUCGCUGUCAGAGACGGAGCAGAAGGAGCUAAUUGGCAGCAAGAUUACCACGCCCGUGUUCCAUGUGCAAGGUGAGCAGGAUGAGUGGAAGUGGGCGAGCGAGUUGCUGAUUGAAAACUGCUAUGAUGUGCAGGAGGGCAAGAGUGUCGUCAAAGAGUGGACUAUGGGUCAUCAUUAUCCCGUGCAGGUCGAGGAGAGCGAGGAAAUUGGCCAGUGGGCGAGUCAGACGACCAAGGCUGUCGAGGCAUAA